GUAGUCUUGAUGUAAUUGGCUCCAUAAUUAUCAAACAAACCAAACCUGUAGUCAAAAGGUCUAAACUGUGUCAUAUAUGUUUUUAAUCAUUUACCUCCAGACCUGUAUGUGUAUAUUAUAUAUAACUUUUAUUUUUCAGACCUGGGUGUGAUGCUGCCCGGUAUUAAAACUGAGAGCGGUCUGACCCAGAGUCAGUCUCCCCUCCAGACCGGACUCAGCUACAGUCCUGGAUUCACCACUCCUCAGCCUGGACAGACGGCGUACUCGCCCUAUCAGAUGCCAGGUUCCAGUUUCACUCCGUCCUCAGGCCUCUACGCCUCCAACAACUCAGUGUCCAACCCCGCCAACUACACUGCUGCCCAGCAGGACUAUCCCUCAUACACGACGUUUGGCCAAAACCAGUACGCCCAGUAUUACUCCGCCUCCACCUACGGAGCCUACAUGACCUCCAACAGCGUGGACGGAACUGGUUCCACGGCGGCCUACCAGCUGCAGGACCCCAGCCCCGCCAUGACGGGCCAGGCCGCCGAGCUCCACCCAGGAGACUUCGACACGGUGCAGAGUCCCUCCACGCCCGUCAAGGAGCUGGAAGACCGAGCCUGCCGGAGCGGGGGGUCCAAGUCCCGGGGCCGGGGCCGCAAGAACAACCCAUCCCCUCCUCCCGACAGCGACCUGGAGAGGGUGUUUGUGUGGGAUCUGGAUGAAACCAUCAUCGUCUUCCAUUCUCUGCUCACGGGUUCCUACGCACAGAAAUAUGGAAAGGACCCUCCCAUGGCGGUGACGCUGGGCCUGAGGAUGGAGGAGAUGAUCUUCAACCUGGCCGACACACAUUUAUUCUUCAAUGACCUGGAGGAAUGUGAUCAGGUCCAUAUCGAUGACGUGUCAUCAGACGACAACGGCCAGGACUUAAGUACGUACAGUUUUGCAACUGAUGGCUUCCAUGAAGCUGCGACCAGCGCCAACCUGUGCCUGGCGACGGGUGUCCGAGGGGGCGUCGACUGGAUGAGGAAGCUGGCGUUCCGCUACCGACGGGUCAAAGAGCUGUACAGCACGUACAAGAACAACGUGGGGGGUCUGCUGGGUCCGGCGAAAAGGGACGCCUGGCUGCAGCUCAGGGCUGAAGUGGAAGCUCUGACCGACUCCUGGCUCACCCACGCCUUAAAGUCCCUGUCAAUCAUCAGCUCCAGGAGUAACUGUGUAAAUGUGUUGGUGACGACGACGCAGCUCAUCCCAGCUCUGGCUAAAGUUCUCUUAUACAGUCUGGGCUCCGUGUUCCCCAUUGAGAACAUUUACAGCGCAACGAAAAUAGGAAAAGAGAGUUGCUUUGAGCGCAUAAUGCAAAGGUUUGGCAGGAAAGUAGUGUAUGUUGUAAUUGGUGACGGUGUGGAAGAGGAGCAGGCGGCCAAAAAGGUAAAGGACCGCCACGCCACCGUGACCCCGCCUCCUCCGCAGUGUGAGCUCUGAUUGGACCAAGCCUGCCUUUCUUUGCUGUAGCAUUUUGUGUUGGUUUUUACUUUCUCUGCUUUGUUUUCUUGUUUGUGGAGCGACGGGAGACGCCUUCAACCGGAACAUAGUUAUGAUCUAAAUUAUUCACAUCAGAACCCGAGCGGCACCACAUGAACCCUCUGAACCCCAACACCCACCAGCAGGUUCCAAAGUCACGUUUUCUGUUUAAAAAACCGUCAAAAUGAGCCCAGAUAUCAGCUAGAGAGUGUAAAACAGAAAGAAUAAUCAGAUGUUUAACUUUCUGACGGUCCUUGAACAACUCUAAGAUCCAAUCUGAGCUCAGAAUCAGGAUUUCUCCUUAAAAUCACUUCAUUCUACAUUCAAAAGAAAGUGUUUCCUCUAACUAGGGUCUGUAAAACAAAUGAACAUUCUGCUCUUCCUCGUGCAAACACGAAGCCACGACAGACUCAGCUGUGGCCGACAGCACUUUUCAGCUGUGCAUGGAAACGGGAAAGCAGUGAAAUCUGUGUUGAUUCCAGGUGGCAGCAGGUCGUCGACGCUGUGCACAGUUAAAGGUGAAAGGAUGGUAGAGGCUGCACAAAGCAAAGCAGAAAAAACAUCCAGUACGUGGAGAGACAGCGACACUAAACAAGAACAACAACACGCUAAUGACAGAAGCAAGACGAACAACUGACCACACAUCAUGAGACGGCAACA